GCGGGCGGGCCGAGGCUGCCGCCCAGCGCCUUCCCGAGGCCAUGCCCGGGCCCUAGGGUGCCUGCCGCAGCCCGCGCCAAGCGCCCCGUCCCGCAGCCCCGUAGCCCCGCGCCCGCCGCCGCCUCUUCAAUGGGCAACCUGCUCGGCGGGGUCAGCUUCCGCGAGCCCACCACCGUGGAGGACUGCGACUCCACCUGGCAGACGGACUCGGAGCCCGAGCCCGAGGAGCCGGGGCCGGGCGGCGGCGGCGAGGGCCCGGGGCAGGAGCCCGAGCAGCCCGCGCAGCCCCCGGAGCGAGUCGGCGGGCGGCCCCGCGCCGGCACCGCACCGGACGAAGACGCCGAGGCGGCGGGCGCCGAGCAGGGUGGUGAUGCCACUGAAGCAACUGCCAAACCAAAGAGAAGCUUUUAUGCUGCGAGGGAUCUGUACAAAUAUCGACAUCAGUACCCAAACUUCAAAGAUAUCCGAUAUCAAAAUGACUUGAGCAAUCUUCGUUUUUAUAAGAAUAAAAUUCCAUUUAAGCCAGAUGGUGUUUACAUUGAAGAAGUUCUAAAUAAGUGGAAAGGAGAUUAUGAAAAGCUGGAGCACAACCACACUUAUAUUCAAUGGCUUUUCCCCCUGAGAGAACAAGGCUUGAACUUUUAUGCUAAAGAAUUAACUACAUAUGAAAUUGAGGAAUUCAAAAAAACAAAAGAAGCAAUUAAAAGAUUCCUCCUGGCCUAUAAGAUGAUGUUAGAAUUUUUUGGAAUAAAACUGGUUGAUAAAACUGGAAAUGUUGCUCGGGCCGUUAACUGGCAGGAAAGGUUUCAGCAUCUGAAUGAGUCCCAGCACAACUAUUUACGAAUCACUCGUAUUCUUAAAAGCCUCGGUGAGCUUGGAUAUGAAAGUUUUAAAUCUCCUCUUGUAAAAUUUAUUCUUCAUGAAGCUCUUGUGGAAAAUACUAUUCCCAAUAUUAAACAGAGUGCUCUGGAGUAUUUUGUUUAUACGAUUAGAGACAGGAGAGAGAGGAGAAAGCUCCUACGGUUCGCCCAGAAACAUUACACGCCUUCAGAGAAUUUUAUCUGGGGGCCGCCGAGGAAAGAACAGUCAGAAGGAAGCAAAGCCCAGAAAAUGCCUGCCCCUCCCGCCUCUGGUCAUAUCAGUCAAACUUAUAUGCACAAAAAAUCCAAGGACUCCAAAAAUUCCUCCUCAGCUGUUCAUUUAAAUAGCAAAACGGCGGAAGAAAAAAAGGCAGCACCUGGAGGGCCUGGAGAGGAGACAGACAGGCCAGGCGCCGAGCCCAGCAGUGAAGCUACCAAGCCCGGAAACACAGAGGACGGUAAGGCGGAAAAUUCUGACCCGGAAAAAACAGGCACCAAUCCCACAGAGAGGAAGGAGAGUGCAGCUCCCCCUGAGAACGAGGAAGAAGGUCAAACUCCUAACAAAGACUGUGAAGAUCCUGGACCUGCAGGUUCCCCCGGUGAGGGACAAUGACAGUGAAUUACCCGAGAACGCACACCCCAGCGUAGGUAAGGGGGGGGGAGGAACCCUGCAAGGUCUCCUGAAGAACGGAGGUCACAUUGCGAAUUUUAGCCAUCUAUUUGUGAUUUCUGUUGUCAACGUUUUGUUGUUGGUUUUUCAUUUUGGAUGACAAUGAAUUUAAUCUUUAGUAAGAAGUUUUAAGCAAGACCCAAUAAAGGAAUGUAUUCUGUAAUGCUUUUAGGGUGUGACUUUUCAAAUUCUGUCCGUAGUAAUUGCUUUUAAAUUAUUUUCAAUGUAUCUAGAAAUAAUCAUGUAGUAUUUGAUAUAUCAAAUAAAUUCUUUGGGAGAUGCCAGUCUACACGAAUAAAAAGCAAGAGGAUAAAUUUCAUUCUGUUGCCAUGCUUUUGCCCAAUUUAUGGAUUUAUUUCUUAAGCUGGAAAAACAAAUGUGGUCGUUUCAGACUUUUUCGGAAAGUAAUUUGGACUCGUCACUGCAACACCUCCACAUGCUUAUUUUUAAAUUCUGCGUGAAAUUUGUGUUCUCGGGGAGCGAUCAUCUCCCAGCCCAUUUCUUGGCCCCACUGUCCUUUCCUCUUUCCGUCUCUCCGCACUUGCCCUCAUUUGCCAUCUUUGUCAGCCAGCAUGUACUUUUCUAGAGUACGUUCAAGUGAUCCCCUGUACUGAAAUUUAAGUGGAACAGAGGGGGCACUUUCAACUGUACGAUAACCAAGAAUUUGCUUUUUUUUUUAAAUAAUAAAAAUGUUUUUCUAUGUUAGAUGCUUAAGAACCAAUUUUGAUGCAAAAGUCCAAGAAAAGGAUUUUGCUUUUAUGGCUGUUCUAUAUAAAUUUGGUGCUUGUUUCUGAAUGCAAAUGACUAAAGAAUUAAAAAAUAAGGAAAGAAAUUACUAUUUUUAAACAGCAUGCUUCUUACACUGACAACAACGCAGUGGUCCCUAAAUCCUUGACUAUCUCAGUGUUCCAUGGGCUAUGAAAUUAAUAAGAGUGCUUAGUCCAGAGAAUCUUUAAAAAAGAAAACAAUUUGAUGUGUGUCUUAAGUUGUCAAACCUUGAAAUUGAGAAUAGAUUUAAAAUUCCAUAUCCUUAGGUUUAGCAAGCCCUUAAUGUGUUGAUACUGGUGUUAAGAGCAAGUAAUUUUAUUUCCUGUACUACUAUUACUAAUUAAUAUUACAAAUCCGAAAAUAAUCAGAAACGCUGUGGUGGGAACUUCAAAGCAUACAUACAAAUAUAGUUAAAGCAAUUAAUAGAAAAAAAUUUCACUUUCAUUUGUGGAGCGGAGUUGGCUCUUGUGUAUCUCUUGGGCUUUUAGAUUCAUUUAACCCCCCAAGAAUUUUUACUGUGUUCUAUUUGUUAGUUAUAUCAUACUAUCUUCUGUUACCUUUAUGAUCAGGGGAUUUCCGGCAGAGGAUUUCUAGAGACUAUAUGAACGGUAUGCCUUUAGAAAUACUUUAUUGCUUUGAAGUUUACAUGAAACAUCACAGUUGCUCAAACUUGACUUUUUAAAUAUGAAUAUUAUAACCAAGUUGUUUAUCAUACUCCAAUUAAUUUGGAGCGUUUUCUUAUUUUUGGUUCCCGUGAUAUCCCAUUUUUUGCUUUCUAUUGUUUUGUGAAGUGAGCAUAAAGAUUUGGGGAAACAAUUCUGCUUUUGCAUUUCAAUUUCUUUUUUGUAUGGACCCUCUAAUGUGAUGCUUGUAGCAAUGUCCCCAUAGAGCUAAUAAACAGUUUUCCAGGGUUAGACAGUGAGCGUGGUUGUCACAUUGAACCGAACUGUAGGAACGUGAUUAAUUCAAAAUAUCUUACCAAUUUUGAAUUCAUGAUAAAGUGGUCAGACUGCUUUCUAAGUGUAUAAUGUUAAAAAUUUGUGACCAGAUAUUAAAAUAUUAAAAAACAGUGGACAGAGACUAAAAUAAAUGGAUAUAAUCUGAAAUGACUUGGAAACUGUAGUGUAUCAGAGCCCCUACAAGUAAAAACAUUUCAUUCAACAAUUUAACUUUUAGAAUAUUAUUCCUAAUUAGGGUUUUGAUUAGAUUGUGCCAAUUAAUUUGAGAAUAUUUAGUCUCAAGGGAAAACUGCCUGGCUUCCAUUUAAAACAGUGGCCUUUUCCCACUAUGUCAUUUUUAAGAUCCAUAUUCAGAUGUAAUAGUAUGAUUCCUCUAUUUAAUCUGCAAGUAAUUUAUGAGAGAAUUCUUCAGUGGAGAACAAGUGAGGGGAUGUCAUUCCUUCGGCAAAUAAAAAUUAUGAGUGUCUGGAAUUUUUUUUCUAUAAAGAAUACUUUGUACAAUUAAUAGUUUUUUAACUAAGAUCUAUAGAUAUGUAUUUAUGUGGGUCUUAGAUAUGAAACAGCCCUCUGGGUUUGACUGUGAUGUUUUGUAUUUUUAAAAACUACCAUAUGCUUGCAGAAAUUUAUUGAGAAGCUGUUUUAAAAAUGCAGUGAAGCAUGGCCAAAUAGCUAGAAACAUUAUUGAAUCUUUGCAAAUAUAUAGACUUUAUUGUUGUACCUUGGACGGCGAGGAUAUAAACAUUGGCUAUUGAUAAAAUAUUAAAUUGCAUUUCAUGGCAAAUAGAUGUUAUAUCGCUUGGUUAGUCUAGUACAUUUCUAAUAUUUUGUGCUUUCAUAUCUCUAAGGAGAUAAUAUAUGUGAAAGUAUUUUGAAAUACUGUAAAGUGAUAUAUAAUUAUAAGAUAUAUUUCUGUACAGUAGAGAAAACGUUUAUAACAUUAAGAAUAUUGUAUCAUUAUACAGUUUCAUGCUUAAUUUCAUAAGAAACUCAAAAGAAUCAUAAUAGAAGUGAAAAUGUGUCUGCUUUCUCUAAUCAGGUCUAAUUCUCAGUUCAAAAAUUAUUUUGAAUUUUGGUUUUGAGACUACUUUUUUUUCAGCUUCAAGUAGAAAAUAAAAUGUAUAACUCAGGAGUUACUAGAGAAGUUCCAAGAUUUUUUUUGCGAAGUAUUAAAAAUACAAGUAUAUGAAAAUGUCACUUAACAACCAUCGUUUUCAUUAUGCUUCAUAUUUUGUUGUAUAGAAUUACCUACUUUGCUUCUAGCUUUUAUGCUUUAAUCUGAGUGAAAAUAUGAUCUGGCGAAAAAGGAAAAACAGUGCAAAGUUCUAUCUGAGUUGCUCUUUAAAAAACCAUUUUAGUAGGUAAACUUCCAUAUCAAGUGGUCAAAAACUGGUUGAACUGAUAGAGACUAUUUGGUUAAUUGUUUACAGUUAAAUUUCCCAAGUUUAAAAUAGAAUUAUGAUUGAGUUUAUACUCUAUUGAGUAACUAAAUCAACCAGGUUUUUUGUCUUUCUAUAAUUGAGGUUCUUCUAGAAGUUUUAUUUCCUAACCAAAGAGGGACAUUCUUGAUCUUACUUGAAUGUAGUUUCGUCUAUGGGUCUCCCAUGUCUAUUUGGGCUGAGUGGGGAUCCUUUGUUAUAGGAAUGGUUUUGAAGACUUCUAAUUUGUUUCCCACUUAGAGAAUUCCCCUUUGUCUUUUGGGGUAUAUGUGUUAAAUAUAAGGUAGGCUGGAGUUAGAAUUGCUAGAAUCAUUUCAAAUGCAGGUAUGGUUGUAGAGAAUGAUGACAGGUAGUCAUCAUAGUAUGGGUCAGUCAGAGUCAAUGUAGGAUCUAGAAAAUUAGGAGUUACAUAUUUUGGCUUCUUUCAGCUUUGAAUUCUGUAGUGUUUAUGACAUGAACAGAUUUGUGUGGGUAAUCUCUAGGGUGACAGUGAGUACUAGCCUGCCUCCUUCCCUGUUCUAGUUAUCCAGCCCACCCAGCAGAUUGUGUUCAGGGACAGGCUGUGUUUUUAGAAAUCCCUUAUUACUGAAGUUAAUAAUAAUAUAGUUAUAAAUAUGAAUGCCUGGAGGUGUCCAGAUGUGCCUUAACUAAUGUAAAUGGUUUUCAUUCAGAAGUUUAAAUUUUUACUCCAUUGUAAAAUCUUGUCAUGAGGAACUUUCCAAACCAUGAAUAUCAGUUAUUUUAAUGAAUUUACCUUGGUGCUUUUUCAUUUUGGAGAAAUUUCCCUUUGUGACAAUAGCAUUAGUUCAUAAGGAAGUGUACUUGCCACAGUGUUCAACAAUGUGUUAUAUUUGACAAAAAGUGUUUACGGUAAGAAAGAUUAACUACAUUGGUACAUUUAUUUAUGCUCUUGCUUGAUUUUGCUACAUGCUAUGAUUUUCAUUUUAAAUAUUUCUCAGUUACUACAAGCAAUAUUUAUCUGUAUUUUACUCUCUUCUUAGCUGCAGAUGGAUGCAGAAAAUGGAAUUCUAUUAGAGACUUAUUUAAAAGUUUAAUUCCAGUAAAUGGUCAGAGGAAUCUGAAAUUAAUUUUCUUAUUAGAAACAUUUAAAAAGCACUGUUUUUGCUUUUUUUUCCUAGAUUAGAAUGUUUUUUGUCAUCUGCUUUUUUCCUGAUCUGUUGAGAAUUAUUGUUUUAGUUAUUUGUGGGGAAAUCGCUUCUUAAUAUGUUUGUUGCUUGAAUUAAAGUUUUCAUAUGGAGGAUA